AUGCUACAACAUCCGCCAUUUCCAGGAUUCGAAAAUCCUCCUAUUCAAAGGCAAAAACGAGCAGCAGCAGAGGCCAUAGAGGUCAACGCCUCGACAAUCACGGUGGAGACCAUGCCGCCGAGGCCUCGUGAGCCUUAUUUCGUUCUGAAUCCUGAAUUCACGUCCAUUGAUAAAAGGCACCCGCCAUAUACACGUCCCCAACAUAAUCAGGACUUCUCGCAGAGCAGGCAUGUGCCAUCGGCUUCCAUGCCUCGGCGAAACCUUGAUCCCGUUGGUGGAUUUGUUGGUGCAGGUGUCGAAUUUGCGUCGAAUUUGAAUUUUACUCAUGCCCAUCCAUCCACUUUACCUUCCAACAUGCCUAGCGCCACUCAUAAAAACCCUCCUGCAACAGUCCCAUCCACCCGCCUUGGAGAUGUAAAGGUGGAGGACCCGUCGACGAUUACUGUGGCCACAGCGCCAAGCCGAAGAAAGUCGGAGUCAGGCAGGGCACACAAGCGCGAGGGAUCUACCAUUCAUGUUUAUCAAAAGCCUGCUCAAACUUUCAAGGAAAAUCUCCCUUUGCAUAUAUCUCCUAAAAAGCGAAAAGCUGAUGCCUCGGAUGCUCAACCCAAAGGUAGAGAACCCUCUAUAAAACAAAGACCAGAGGGAAGCUUUACCCUCUCAGCAUCAGAGAGGGAACACGGAUCGCGAUUAGCAAGCCAGCCAGGGGAUGGCUAUCAAACGAUUCCUCCAAGUAGCUUUUCCAAAAAUCAAAGCCGCAGGUCCAGUACCAGUGACGACCAAGCUACAGUUCAGUUGCGGAAUUCAAAAAAGGCUCAUUCAUCAACCAAAUUGAUGCCUAUGAUAGAAGUAGCCCUCGCCAAAGCCAACGCGCAGCUUGAAAAUCAUACUCUCUUUACCCUGCGUGACGUUGGUGGACAAAAAUCAACGCAUACACCUCAACAGUUUCAGCAGCCCGAGCCUCAGACGAAUGUGCCGAUUGAUGAGCGAGACAGCCUGGUUGCUAUACCUCCUUCUGCGCCCGAAAGAGAUGCCCCAGUGGAGCACGAUACUAUCACAGUGGCGACACAAAAUAUGGCAGGGACGAUAAUGGCAGAGAUAAUAAAGCCAGUAGUGCCCAGAAUGGCGGAAGAGCCUAGGACGCCCAGGACGCCCAGGGCACCUAAGGCUCAUGUUUUUGACUCCGAGGCCUUUGAUACCAUGAUUUAUCGCCAGUCCACGUUGCGUCCGCCACCAGGUGUUUCUGUCCAGGCUCCUCCUCGACCAAAAACUCCGGUACAGCAACCCUCGACUGAAGAUCGAGGCCAGUACUUGGCAAUUAAUCCCGCGAUUCAUUUCCCAUACAACCGAUCUGAGGAGUGGUACAAGGAAAAGGCGGCUGCGAUACGGGCUCGCAGAGGGCGCAAAGCAUGGUUCGGCAAAGUCAUUGAAAGGCGACGGUGGCUGCGAGCAAAAGAGAAGGCAGAAGAUGAACGGAAUGCGGCAACGCCAAAGCCAACAAGGAUAGACCCGCAGCCCUGGUCGUAUGAUCGGAUCAUUGACUUUGGGGAUGUUCCCGAAGGGGAGCUGCCAGAAGAUGUGCUGCAAAAUCCGGCAUGGGUCAAGGCGUGCGCGUGGCAUCGAGAAAACCAAGCAAAGAGGGUUUUACGGGACCGCGCAGCGAGGGAUGCGAAUAGGGAAGCAUGGAGCCAGGCUGAGCGCAUCAUGGAGGAUGCCAAAUUGGCAUCACAGCGAAGCCGACAGAAGCGAUGA